AUGGCCACGACGAACAAGAAUUUCUCAGACGAAACCAAGAAAACACCAAAAGAUACAUUCUGUCGCAAUGUCACACUCUACGGCAAGUGCAGAUACGAGGACAAAGGUUGUCUGUUCAAUCACAAGACUGACAGCUUCAAGCCGGUCGUUUUGAAUGGCGUUAAUGCCGACAGUCACGCGAAGAAGUCCCUCAAUGUAGAUUCGCCGAGCUUCACGCCUGCUCAUCUGUCACCAAAUGCUCCGACCGCAACUCUCGUCGCCGCGACGCCUAAGAAGCUGCCAACCAUUUCACCCAAGCUGUCAGACACCCGUACGCCGGACUGGCUGGUGUCCGACGUCCCGGAGUUUGUCCCACGUCGUCUCGAUGGCAGUCUCCAGAGCAGUGAGGACAGCACCACGUCUCAGUAUGAAGUUGUCCAGCCUCAGCCGCAACCAAACCCUUACCUGGACCCGGCGGUCAACGGCGCCACCUACUACCAAAGUACGCCCGCGUAUCAGCAACCAGUCAUGUAUCAUCACUAUGCGCCGAUCGGACCAUAUUCCAGUACACUGCUCCCAUAUCAGAAGACGGUCCAUGACCUCUUCAUCCCAAAUGACUUGAGAGAAGAUAUCCACAAGAGGAAUGCCGCUGCAUUGCAGACAUUCCCCAAUGCUCAUUUACCUGCGCAAGUCGAGAAUUACCACUCUCUUGUGCCUCUAGACGACACCUCGCAUAAGGGAUCUGGAGUCUUCGGUGGCUACACCUCCUGGGUCUACAAAGUACAGUCUUCUCAAAACGGGCAAUUCUACGUCCUGCGGCGUAUUGAAGGCUUUAGGUUGACGAAUGAACUAGCCAUCCGCACUGUACAGCAGUGGAAGCAUGUGGCUAGUGCCAGUGUCGUCAAAGUCGUGGACUACUUCACCAACCGAAGCUUCGGCGACAGCUCGCUGUGUAUUGUGACCGAUUAUCAUCCUCUGUCAAGGACGGUAGCAGAACAGCACCAUACCGGACAGUAUCGCCAUCUUCGUCAGCGGAAUACAAGCCUAGAUCAGGUCACAGAGGCCACGAUGUGGGCCUACAUCACACAGAUCGCAUCCGCUCUGAAAACACUGCAUAGCAAUGCUCUUGCUGCUAGGAUUGUUGAUGCAAGCAAGCUUCUUGUGACAAGCAAGAACCGCGUCCGACUGAAUGGCUGCGCGAUUAUGGAUGUGCUCAACUACGAGAACCAGACCCCACUGGCUCAGCUACAGCGCCAGGACUUGAUCAACUUUGGCUUGACGAUAUUACAGCUAGGCUCCAACAUGCCGGAUGCUGGCACGAAUUUUGCGCGGGCGAUGGACCAGUUUAAGAGGUUCUACAAGCCUGAUCUACAGAACGCAGUUGUUUGGCUCUAUAGUGUGGCACAGCAUCCGGAUCGGACGAUUGACCACUUCGUGGGUAAUAUUUCCGAGCAGAUAAUCAUGGCUUUCGACGGCACACUUCACAACGAUGACGUCAUUCACAGUGAGUUGAGUCGAGAGGUAGAGAAUGGACGACUUUUCAGGCUCAUGGCCAAGUUCGGCUUCAUUAACGAAAGACCCGAAUUCGAUCACGACCAAAGGUGGUCCGAAAAUGGAGAGCGAUAUGUGCUGAAACUAUUCCGAGACUACGUUUUUCACCAAGUGGACGCCCAGGGUCGUCCCGUGGUAGAUCUGGGGCACGUGUUGAUGUGUCUCAACAAACUAGAUGCAGGUAUUGAUGAGAGAAUCACGUUAGUGAGUCGUGAUGAACAGAGUGUGUUUGUAGUGAGCUACAAAGAACUCAAGAAAGGGGCAGAAUCAGCGUUUCAGGAGCUCACGAAAGGCGGCAGGCGGCUUCAUUAA